AACGUCGUGCUCCUGACCUGGCUCGAGCCCAUCCUGGCCGUGGGCUACCGGCGCCAGCUCCAGCUCGAGGACCUCGGCGAGGUGUCGCACUUCGACCGCGCGGGCGAGCAGUGGCGGCGCUUCCGGGCCAUCCUCGGGCCCUACGAGGCGCCGCAGCCGGCGGACGCGCCGCCGCGCUACCUCUACCGCAAGCUCUGGCGCCUCGUCGCGCCCCAGCUCGCCGCCUUCUCGCUCAUGAUUCUCGCCCAGGCCGCGCUCAACUAUUUACGGAUCUACGCGUUCAAGGAGUUUCUGCAUUUGCUGACGACGGGCACGGCGGGCGCGGCCGAGGCGCUCUGGGCGUCGCUCCUCGCGCUCAUCGCCGCGCCCCUGCUCAUCUCGGCGCUGCGGUCCGCGAGCUCCGCGCUCCAGUUCCGCAUCGCCCUGCGGUGCCGCGCGGCGCUCAUCAUGCUCAUCUACCGCAAAUCGCUCCGCGUGAGCCUCGGCGCGACGGGCUCGAGCGUCGGCGAGAUCGCGAACCUCAUGUCCGCCGACGUCGACUCCAUCGUCUGGACCUGCGCCUACAUCGACAGCCUCUGGAUGCCCAUCCUCCAGUCCGUCGUCUGCCUCGCGUUCAUCUUCGCGCUCGUCGGCGCCGCGGGCGCGCUCGCCGCGGGCGUCAUGGCCGUCGUGGCCAUGGGCAACGCCGUGGGCUUCGGGAUCAUCUUCGGGUCCCAGCAGGCGCUGAUGGAGGAGCGGAACAAGCGCCUGAACGCAAUCACGGAGGCGCUGACGAACAUCCGCAUCAUCAAGCAGUGCGGCAUCGAGGCCGCGAUCCACACGGCCGUGACGAAGUUCCGCGCCGCGGAGCUCAAGCACCUCAAGAAGUUCCGCUACGGCAUCACGAUCCUCAUCACCUUCAUCACGUCCGGCCCGAAGAUCGCGACGAUCGGCACGUUCCUCAUCUACGCGCUCGCGGAGGGCAACGCGAUCACGCCGGCCGUGGGCUUCACCAUGCUCGAGCUCCUCGGCGACCUCAGCGGGAGCUUCAUCGCCCUGCCCGCGUCCCUCGACGGCCUCACGCGCGCCGCGACGGCGCUCGCGAAGAUCAACCGCUUCCUCGACGAGGACGAGGUCACGCGCGUGCCGCGCCUCGAGGCCGAGGCGCCGGCGCAGGCCUGGAUGCCCCGGGGCGGCCCCGCGCCCGCGGCGCCCGCGGCGCCCGCGCCCGCGCCGCGCCAGCUCACGGACGUGGCCCUGUCCAUCGCGCCGGGGUCCCUCGUCGUCGUCUACGGCGCGACGGGCUCGGGCAAGAGCAGCGUCCUCGCGGCGCUCCUCGGGGAGAUCUCGCGCGCGGAGCCCGCCGAGGCGCGCGUCUUCGGGCCGGACCCGCUCUUCCCGCUCUGCGAGCCCCGGCUCCACGGCUCCGUCGCCUACGUCGCCCAGAAGGCCUGGUGCGACGCCCACGCGACGGUCCGGAGCAACAUCUGCUUCGCGAAGCCGUACGACCGCGCGAAAUACCGCCGCAUCUGCCGCGCGUGCGCGCUGCCGCCCGACUUCAAGCUCCUCGAGCACGGCGACUUCACGAAGAUCGGCAGCCGCGGCAUCAACCUCAGCGGGGGGCAGCAGGCGCGGGUGAACCUGGCGCGCGCGUGCUACGACGACGCGGACGUCUACCUCCUCGACGACCCCCUGAGCGCCGUCGACGCGCACGUCGGCGAGCACCUCUUCCACCGGGCCGUCCUCGGCGUCCUCGGGACGAAGACGCGCAUCCUCGCGACGCACCAGGUCGCGCUCACCGUCGACCGCGCGGACUUUGUGGUCAUCGUCGACGGCGGGGCGAUCGUCGAGGCGGGGCCCGCGGGCGCGAUGCGCGCGUCGCCGCGCGUCACGGCCCUCGCCGCGGCCAAGGGCGCCGCGGAGGAGCCGCCGGCCCGGGCCCUCGACGACGACGACGCCGACGACGGCGCGGAGUACGGCGCGGAGCCCGAGGACGAGAACGCGGAGGCGCGCGACGAGGGCGCGGUCCGGCGUCGAGCGGCGGGCGCCAAUUCGACCCCGUCGCGCUUCGUAGGCACGGUCACGGCCAAAGCCUACGCCAAGUACGUGUCCGCCGUCAAGUCGCGGUCCAUGCUCCUGGGGAUCCUCGUCUUCCUCGUCGCGGCGUCGGCGUGCGACUCCAUGCAGUCGCUCUUCAUGGCCCAGUGGAUCGACGACAUGCAGGCGGGGCUCCCGGCCAACGGGCCGGGCAUGUGGAAGUACGCGGCCGCGGGGCUGCUGGUCGUCGUGACCUUUGGCGUGUCGUUCCUGUUCCAGAUGUUCGCGUCGCUGCGCGCGUCGAAGCACCUCCACUCGGAGGUGCUCGCGCGCGUGCUGGGGUCGACGGUGUCGUGGUUCGACACGACGCCCGUCGGGCGCAUCCAGAACCGCUUCUCGGCCGACUUCCAGACCGUGGACCGGUCGCUCAUGGGCUCCUUCUACGGCUUCGCGCGGUCGUGCCUCGGCCCGGUCCAGACGGUCUUCGCGUUCGCGGUGUCGACGCCGCAGCUCCUGCCCAUCAUGCCCCUCCUCUGCCUCGUGUCCCAGCGCAUCGGCCUCGUCUACCUCCGGUCCGCCCGGGAGAUGAAGCGCCUGGGCUCCAUCCACCGGUCGCCGGUCUACGAGUACUUCACGGAGUCGCUCCCUGGCCUCGAGACGAUCCGCGCGUUCCGCGGCGGGGCGCACGCGGAGGCCCACAUCGGCAACUUGGUGGACCGGUCGACGCGCUGCCAGGCGGCCCAGCUCUUCGCGAGCCGCUGGCUCGGCGUGCGCCUCGAGAUGUUCGGCGCCGCGGUCACGGGCGUCGUCGCCGUGUCGCUCGUGACGGCGCUCCGCGGCGACAUCUCGCCCGCGCUCGCGGGCUUCGUCAUGCAGUACUCGGGCAUGCUCACGAGCGCCAUCAGCGCCAUCAUCCAGACCUACUCGCAGCUCGAGAUCGCCAUGAACUCCAUGGAGCGCGUCACGGAGUACUGCGAGCUCGAGCAGGCGCCGCGCGGCACGCUCCCCGACGCCGACCUCCCGGGCGACGGCUGGCCGAGCAAGGGCGCCGUCGAGGCGCGCGACGUCUUCGUGACGUACCCGAAGACGUCCGUCGCCGUGCUCAAGGGCCUGAGCUUCUCGCUGCCCGCGGGCACGAAGACGGGCGUCGUCGGGCGCACGGGCGCGGGCAAGUCGACGCUGACCCUGGCCCUCGUGCGCAUGGUCCCGACGGGCGGCGGCGCGUUCCUCGUCGACGGCGUCGACGUCUCGCGCGCGCCCCUCGAGCGGCUCCGCGCGGGCAUCACGGUCGUGCCCCAGGAGCCCGCGCUCUUCAAGGGCACGAUCCGCAGCAACGUCGACCUCGCGGGCGAGCGGAGCGACGACGAGCUCCGCGGCGCGCUCCGGCGCGUCCAGCUCGCCGGCAUGGACCUCGACCGCGCCGUCUCCGACUCGGGCGCGAACCUGUCCGUCGGCGAGCGCCAGCUCCUCUGCCUCGCGCGGGCCCUGCUCCGCGCGCGGGCGUUGCUCAUCAUGGACGAGGCGACGGCGAACGUCGACUCCGUGUCCGACGCGAACAUCCAGAAGGUCAUCCGCGAGGAGCUCGCCGGCGUCUCCGUGCUCACGAUCGCGCACCGGCUGAAGACCAUCAUCUUCUACGACCAGGUGCUGGUGUUGGACGGCGGCGCGAAGAAGGAGUUCGGCUCGCCCGCGGAGCUCAUCGAGGCGGAGGACGGCCACUUCCGGUCGCUCUGCGCG